AUGUCUUUUAUAACUUUACCUCUCGAGAUUCACUGCCAAAUUAUCUCUUAUCUGCUUUCCAACAGCGAUGUGGCUGCUUUGUCAAUUCAAUGUCGCACCCUUCACUCCAUAUGUGAUAUGGCAUCACGCAAAAGAUAUCACCAGAUCGACAUCUCGGAAGCCGAGCUCAGUGUGGAUGAUUCGUUCAAUUUUCUGAUGGAUAUUCUGAAGCAGCCUCAUUUGGCUCUUUAUGUGCGCCAUCUUAAGUAUCGCGUACCCAUGUCCCGGCAUUCGGAUUACAAAGAAGCAGAACCCAUGCGAGAGCUAAGCAGUGAAGAUAUGAGCCUGAUCCGGAACGCAGUCAAAAUGGGUGGCUUCACAGGCCCCAAACAGGAUCGAGUAGUCAAUAUGCUUAUGCAAAGAGUGGACUACACACUUAACCAGUUUGGUUGCUACAGAAAACGGGAGAGCUUUCAAACAUUUAUCACGCAAGCCCUGGCUGCUAUUAUUCUUGCGGUAUCCCCAAAUAUCGUAUCUAUUACUACGACAAAUCCUCACCCCAGAUACUCCGCUUUUGAGUUUCCGCUUUAUCAAUUUCUUCGUCUGGAAAAUGAAAGCUCUGGGAGUAAACGUCAUCUCUGCAAUCUUCGCAGUGUUUACAUGAUCAGCAAGACCGACAGCACAUGGGAGGAUGGGCGUUUUUACAUCCCCAUGAAGCUUAAUACCUUCAUCAAAUUAUUCGACAAACUGCCAUCCAUUGAGUCAAUCAGCACCGAUGUGAUGGAAGAGGAUGAAAACGAGGAUCCCGGUUUCAAAAAAGGAUCUUCCAACGUCAAUAUGAUCUCUGUCUGUCAUUCCUCGGUCUCAUCUACCUACCUGGCGGGCUUGAUGUGGUCGUGCAAGGCUCUCAAAGAAUUCCGCUAUUCCAUCGGAGGGAGAUCGACUAAUGAUGGUGGACAUCCCAUCUUCAAUGCCAAGGCACUGAUCAAAGCCAUGUGUGGCCACAAAGAAACCAUCGAGAUUAUUGAUAUCGAUGCCGAAAACGACAUCUACGUGUUGGAAAGGAACGACGCCGAGGAGAUCGAGCGUUCAUUCAACAAUACCGGGAGCCCGUACGAAGGCGGCCUUGAUGACGAUGAAUGUAAAAUGCUCAGAUCAAUUUGGAAAAACAGCGGAUCUAUGAGUGAUUUCAAGUCCUUGAAAAGCUUGAGCCUGGGAGUGAAACUUCUCUCAUAUUUUGCUAAAGAUGUGAGCUGGUCUUCUGGUAAGAUGACGGAAAGGGUCAUCGUGGCAAACUGUUUGCCAGAUACCUUGGAGUAUUUGUGUGUUCGAGGGUAUGAGAAAGGCAAAGACGCGGAGGAUGACGAGCAAAUGAAUGCGUUAAUGGCUUUUUAUAAGUCAGGCCAGUCUCAUUUGAAAGAGCUUUGGGGAAUCGAAGAGCUCAUCCCUCACGCCAGCUAUGUCGAUAACCCAGACGAAGACGGACAUCUUCUAUGGCCAUUUGAGCAAGAAUCUGAUAUCGAAGAUGAAUCAGACAGCGAAGAAGAAGAGGGAGAAGAAGAACAGUAA